CGCGCAAAGCGGAAGUGGAGCGAGAGGGCGGGUAUUUAGGACCGAAGUCCUCCUCUGAUAACUUUGUUUUCUGGUGUUGCUUGGGCGAAGGUUACUGGACUACAUCGUUUCAGGCGCCGGUGUUACGAUGGCUCAGCAGGGCGCGGCGCUGCAGAACUACAACAACGAAUUGGUCAAAUGUAUUGAAGAGCUGUGUUCAAAGCGGGACGACAUUAACAAGCAGAUUUUGAGGGAAGAGGAGGAAAAAGUGAAGCUGCAAAACGACAUUCGCAUUCUGACUGAGAAACUCAGCCGAGUCAAUGAGAGCCUGGCACGGAAGCUGGCAGCACGUAACGAUUUUGACCGCACGAUCGCAGAGACGGAGGCCGCUUACAUGAAGAUCCUGGAAAGCUCACAGACGUUGCUGAAUGUUCUGAAGAGAGAAGCGGGCACUUUAGGAAAGAGCACGGAUUUACGGUGUGCCAACGUGGGCCAUUCUCCCCACAAAGACUGAUCUCCACACGCAUGGAUUGUACCAAGGGUGCUUCUCCUCCUCAAGAGACUGCUGCUGGCCCCCCUGGCGAUUAGGGGGUGAUGCCUGUACAUAGGUGUGUGGCAUGUUCUUAUCAAGCAAAAGCAAUAAAGGUUUGUACAUAGUG